UUCUUACUUUUCUCCGCUCAUCGGCCAUCACUUAAGCGAGUGCCGGGAAGUUCUGUCCGCAGACUGUUUCUGCUCUCCAAGAUGUCGCCGAGUCCGGUCUUCGCCCUGCCUUGCCUCACCGUCCUCCUCGUCCUCGCUUUUUCCAGUGUCGGGGAAAGUACCAACAACCCGAAACCAGCAAGCGUCAAAGAGGCCGCGCGACCAGUCUUCAUGCCCGAGACGGACGCUGCUACUUUUUUCAAACGCCGCAGUCGCCGCUCUGUCAGAUACUACGAGCAGCUGGCCGAGCAGCGGAUGCAUCGGGCCAACUCGGAGCGCCGCAGAGAGCACAACGAGGAGCAACGCAACGAGUACGAGAACUACGCUGAAGAGGAUCGGACCGAGCAACGGGAAAGAACGAGGGAGAAACAAGAGCAAGUCCGAGAGUACAACUAUGACGGCCGCUACCCUCGAUAUCACUGGUUCCACUAAAGUGCGCUCAAAGCCAAAGUGAAGCGUGUGUUUUAACCCUUUCAGGUACGGCGGUCACUACAGUGGACGGCCUUAUGACGUCAUCGGGUUACGGAGUGCACGGAAGGGUUAAUAUAGCUUAAAAUUUAAAGAACAAACCCAUAACCAGUUUUCUGCUUUCUGUAUCCUUUUUUUUUUUUUACAUUGUACACAGCCCAAAAAAUAAAGGAAAGACUACGUAACGCAUGCACGUUUUAACUGCUUUUUCCCAUGCAUGAACAAGCUUAAUAAAAGUUGCCAUAAUUGUUA